AUGCCCUCCAUAACCUCCCUCGCGACCUUCACACCCUCCUGCAACGCCCGCGCCUGGCUCACCUCCCCGCACCCCCACCUCCCCAUCGUUGCAACCGCCUGCUCCGACAAGACCGUCCGCAUCUACUCGACGCAAAACUUCCAACAGCAAUCCACAAUCUCCGGCGGCCACAAGCGCUCAAUACGCAGCUGCGCCUGGAGACCCAACAGCGUUGGCGAGAGCGUGUUAGCAACUGGCAGCUUCGACGCCAGCGCAGGCAUAUGGCGGCGAUGGGAGGACGGCGCUGGGAAAGGGAAGGCCAACGCUGAGAUCGACUUUACGUCUGGCCUGGCCGGUGGAGAUGCGGACAAGGAUGAUGAGGACGAGGAUGAGUGGAAGUUCGCUGUGAUACUGGAUGGACAUGAUUCGGAGAUCAAGAGUCUUGCUUUUUCGCCCACGAGUCCUUUGCUGGCGACUUGUAGUAGGGAUAAGAGCGUGUGGAUAUGGGAGGAGCUGGACGAGGACAACUUUGAGACGGUAGCGGUGUUGCAGGAUCAUGAGGGGGAUGUGAAGUGCGUUGCAUGGCAUCCGGGGGAGGAGCUACUGGCGAGCGCGAGCUAUGAUGAUAACGUGAGGCUGUGGAGGGAGGACGUGGAUGAUUGGGCUUGCUGUACACUUUUGACUGGGCAUGGAGGGACGGUAUGGUGGGUUGAGUUCGAGGGAACGGAGAUGGUGGCCAAGAUUGGAGGAGGAGAUGUUGCGAGUGAGGAGCAAAAGGCGCUGGUACAGCAACGGGAGAAGGCUGGGUCACGGCUGGUGUCUUGUUCGGAUGACCAGAGUAUAAGAGUGUGGCGAAAGGUACCGAAGGAGAACCCAGAUGGGACGCCGCAGCAGAGACUGCCCAGCAUAUGGAAGAACAGCAACUUCGAAGAGGAGUGGGUGGAGGAGGCGAGACUGCCUUCGGUGCAUGAGCGACCAGUUUUGGCAGUCAGCUGGAGCCGCAAGACCGGCAGGGUGGCGAGUACGGGCUCAGAUGGCAAGAUUGCUGUCUACGAGGAGCGAUGGACAGGGUCGGCUGCGAACGGCGAUGUAGCGAUGGGAGAUGCGCCCUCAUCUGACGGCAGUGCUCACAAUGGUAGCGACGCUGAGAAGCAGGCGAUCACGGAGUGGGUGGUGCUGGCGGAGAUUGACAACGCACACGAUGUGUUCGAAGUCAAUCACGUAGUGUGGGCGCCGCGGGCAGACAAAGGGAAGGUUCACGAUGAAGAGGAAGUGUUGAUAUCCACGGGAGACGAUGGCGAGGUGCGACUAAGUAUUCGAACCCAGCGUCGUUGGGCAAAGCAGAUCGCUCACGAGUCCAAAACGAACAGCGCGUCACUGCUAGCAAAAGAAGUCGUCGACUCAAUGUGCAAAAAACGUCGCAGGCCCUAUCGAACCGCCGACCAAAAGGCAAAAGACAACACCCAAUCCACCACAAAGGGCAACCGGACAGUCUUAUUGGCUCAGACGGGUUGGCGCUAG